CCGGUACUCCGGCAUUGGCGGCGGCGCAUGCGCGUCACUCGGAGCGGGAUGAGGGCGGCGGCGGGAGUCGCGCUGUUGGUCGCCGGCCUCGGCCUCGUGCUGCUGCUGCCCCGCGCCUCCCGCGCACAGGACGCCAAGACAGGGCCGAAGGUCACGGUCAAGGUGUAUUUCGACAUCAAGAUUGGGGAUGAGGAUGCGGGUCGUGUCGUCAUCGGCCUCUUCGGGAAGACUGUGCCCAAGACAGUGGAAAACUUUGUGGCUUUGGCAACGGGGGAGAAGGGCUUUGGUUACAAGAACAGCAAGUUCCAUCGAGUGAUCAAGGAUUUCAUGAUCCAAGGGGGAGAUUUUACCCGGGGUGACGGCACUGGAGGAAAGAGCAUCUAUGGGGAACGGUUUCCGGACGAGAACUUCAAGCUGAAGCACUACGGGAUCGGUUGGGUGAGCAUGGCCAACGCCGGCAAAGACACCAACGGCUCCCAGUUCUUCAUCGUCACCGCCAAGACCACCUGGCUGGACGGCAAACACGUUGUGUUCGGCAAAGUCAUCGAGGGCAUCGGUGUGGUGGAGAGGAUCGAGAAAGCCAAGACGGACGCCAGAGACAAGCCGCUGCAGGACGUGGUGAUUACAGACUGCGGCAAGAUCGAGGUGGAGAAACCCUACGCCAUUGCCAAGGAGUGAGGGUGUGGUGGCCGCGCGUCUCGUCUCGGCCCUUACAGAUCGUGAGCUUCCUGCCUGUGUACACGCCCAGAGAUUCCACAAACACACACUUGGCUUUGUAAAGAUGUACAACUUGUACCCCAAUAAACAGGGUUUUAUAA